AUGCCCUUGGAAGCGAAGGAAAUUGAGCUCAAGGCGAAGGCCUUGACGAAGGCCGCCACUCAGAAUGAACCAGCAGCCAACAUUGUGUCCUUGCUUAAGGAGCUCCAACAAGGCGUGAAAGCGACGGAGGAUCUGCUGCGGUCCACCCGUGUGGGAAUCAUCGUCAACAAGUUCAAACAGCACAAGUCGCCCGAGGUCUCCCGCUUAUCCAGUGAAAUCGUGUCCAGGUGGCGGACUGAAGUCAACAAGCAGAAGGCGAGUGGAUCACCCGCGCCCAGCCAGCGUUCAAGCAAUUCGCCGCGCCCGGCCCAGAACGGAACCGCUUCACCUGCUGGUACGACACCUACCGACAAGGCUUCCAAAUUGUCGGUUGCCCCGGAUAAACGUACAUGGAAGGCAGAUGGUGUGGAUGUCAACCAGACAGGAAAUAGGAUUCGGGAUAGUUGCAUUGGACUGAUGUAUGAUGGCCUGUGUCUGAACUCGACGGAAGCUCCACGUAAUGUUCUCUCCAAGGCGUCCGCCGUGGAGGCCGCAGCAUACAAGUCCUUGGGUCCCGAGACCAAAGAGCAGUACCGCACCAAGAUCCGCAGUUUAUUCCAAAACCUCAAGAACAAAUCGAAUCCGACUCUCCGCAUCCGUGUGCUCAGUAGCGACGUGACUCCCGAGCAGUUCGUGCGCAUGUCCCACGACGAGCUACGCUCGGACGAACAGCGCGAGAAGGACGCAAAGAUCCAGAAGGAGAACAUGGACAAGGCAAUGGUCGCCCAAGCAGAGCGCAGUAUCAGUACCAGUCUGCAGUGCGGCAAGUGCGGACAGCGCAAAGUCACAUACACCGAGGCGCAGACGCGCAGUGCAGAUGAACCGAUGACUCUGUUCUGUACUUGCCUGAACUGCGGAAAGUCCUGGAAGCAGUAA